AUGUCAGUAUGUGAAGAUCUUUUAUUGUGUAACUACCGCAAAUGCAGAGUUAAAUUGUCUGGUUAUGCUUGGGUCACUGCCUGUUCGCAUAUAUUUUGUGACCAACAUGGUAGUGGGGAAUUUAGCCGGUCCCCAGCUGUCUGUCCAGCCUGUAACAGUACACUGUCUGGUAAGCUGGAUAUUGUGCGUACUGAACUAAGCCCAUCAGAGGAGUACAAAGCUAUGAUGCUAGCUGGAUUACGUCCUGAAAUUGUUCUUGACAUCUGUUCCCGUGCAUUGGCAUUCUGGACGUACCAGGUAUAUCAGGAACGGCUUUACCAAGAGUAUGUUUAUAGUAAGGCACAGGGACAUCUGAAGCAGGUGGAGAAAUUAUACUCUCAUCAAGUACAGAGCAAGGACACAGAGUUGACUGCAAUGAAAGGAGAGGUGACAGCAUUAAAAAAAAUCCUAGAAGAAUACAAGAGGAAGUACAGUGAGCUCUCGGAAAAAUUGAUGGAACGAAACCGUCAGUAUCAGAGAGCUGCAGGAAUGUAUGAUGGAAUGAGGCUGCGCAAUAUUGCUGUGUCCAACAGAGAAACUUCUGGCUGUGGAGAUCGAACUCAACAAGACCUCCCUGGGAGAUUCGGCAUCCCUUGAGGAAAUGCUGUUAAGUUUUCAACUGUUAGAACCCCGCCUUUAAGACCAACCGAUGCAGACUACAAUUCAAGACCCUUUUUUUGUACAUCACCUUCAGAAGAGGCAGGAAACCCCAUCUUUUGCUCCCCUCGAAACAUUGAUCGACAACAUACAGAGCCAGUAUCGGCUUUCAAAAUCAUGAAGAUGUAA